AUGCUGUUGUGGUUUAGGAAAGAUAUCGGAAUUUGGCUGUAUAAGAUCUUUGAAUCGAGCCUCGGACACCUAGAAGGACAACAUUCUAAUACUGUGGCUGAAGCUGGAGGAGACCAAGCUAUUGCAAUCAUGCGUCCGGCCAUAUCCAGGUUCGAAUACCAUAUCUACAAAUCUAUGUCAGAACUCAGAAUUAGUGAGCUCUUUGACAUCAUUGUGGAAUUUCCCGAUUCAUUGCCAGCCUUGGAGGAUUUGCGUCUUUGUCUCAGCAAAACCGAUCAACGUUCUUUACUUGUCCGAACCCUACAAAAAUCGAACCGAACACGAUUGUUACACCCUGGUGCAGAUACUCAGGAUAUAAUCACACAAUAUAUCUCUUUGAUGAAAGCUAUGCGCGUCUUGGAUCCACCUGGAGUCCUACUCAGCUGUGUGGGUCAUCCAGUCAGGACCUAUCUUAGGAGUCGUGAGGAUACAAUACGCUGCAUUGUGACUUCACUUGUUGAGCCUGGUCAUACUUUAGGAGACGAAUUGGAUCGCUCUCCUUGUAAGGAUAGACCAAUCUCAGGUCCAGAUGGACCCAGUUUUUCAAUUAAAGAAGAAGUGGAUUAUACUUCGCCGAACUGGACACCUGACCCCGUAGAUGCACCUAUUGGAUAUAAGAACGGAUUAAAAGAAGACGCGAUUGAAAGUUUGGUAAGCAUAUAUGAAACUCGAGACGGGUUUGUGAAGGAACUUCAAUUGCUGCUGUCGAGUCGGCUAUUGAAUGUGAAAGGCUUUGAUGUAUCAAUGGAGCUGGCCAGGGUUGAGAUCUUAAAAUCAAAGUUUGGAGAAGUGAGACUACAGCCUUGCGAUAUCAUGCUGAAAGAUUUGGCGGACUCGAAACGAGUUGAUACCAGUGUUCAUGAACUCAUUGCUGGAGUUGAGUCACAUUUUGCAAAUGACCUUAGUGUCACAGGGUUGUUGGAGUGUCCGACAUUUGCUCGGUACUCCAUUUCGAUUCGCACCACGAUUGCAUCUGUGAUUGAAUUAUUCGAAGAAAAAGAAACCUGGACGAUUGGAGGUUUGGCAGAAAGGUUGAAUCUGACCAAUGAUUUAUCCUUGGUCAGGAAUGGAUUAUACUUUUGGUCUAAUCAUGAGGUUUUGAAAGAAAUUGAAUCAGGUAUAUGGAGGCUUUUUGAAAAUGUGGAAAGCUUUAAUGCCUCGGCUGCUGGUACUAGUCGACAUGUGAUCGAGGAGCCUUCAAAGCCGGCGGAUAACAGUCAAAGUAAAAUUGAAAAGAUGCGCGUAUUCAGCGCUUUUAUUGUGGGAAUGUUAACGAAUUUAGGCGGUUUGCCACUUGAGAGGAUCUUCGUCACCCUUAAUACUGUCAUGCCUACAUUCAAAGGUACAACAAGAGAUGAGCUAUCAAGCUUAUUAGAAAUGAUGCAACGUGAAGGAACGGUGAUUCCAAUGGGUGAUCUAUGGAAGAUUGUGAAAUGA